UCUUACCGGUACCAUCUCGACUGCCGUACUCCGCGAUCUGCUUAUACAACAAAGCGGCAAAGCGCAAAGUCUACUCUCGAGUCUCGGCUAAACUGCUCUCUUUUCCAGUUUUCCUGUUCUAUUUCCCCCCCAAUAAAAUCCCCCAAAAUCAAAUUUCACUGAUUUAAUCAAAAUUCCAACAAUUCUCUUCAACUUAAUCGAACCUAAUUGCAAGUUGCAACAUCGGAAGCCGGAAAAUUCCCUAAAAAACAUGGCGGAAAUUUCAGCUUCUAACAACAAUAAUUAUUCUUCAACGUCUACGUCAAUUACAGACUUGAACGUUGAUUCACUGGCACAUUGUGCUAAUUACUUGAACAUCCAAGAUAUCUCAAAUAUGGCAAUGACCUGCAAAUUCUUCAGAAAUGCUGCUUACUCUGACUCCACUUGGCACCGUCUUUUCAGGGAGAAAUGGCCAGAGCACAUGUUGGGUCAAAUGCCUCAAGGAUCACUAGUGAGAGAUGCAUAUUUGAGCAGGCGUGCUGCUGUACACCGGUUUAGCUUUGUUGAUCCUUUGGUUGCGGAUUUCUAUACUGAUGCAAGGCCAUUCGAUCAUGUCUUGUUAGGGAAGAAUGACAUAAUCUUCUCACAGGGGUCGCUGGUACAACUUCUGAAGAUUGAUGAUUUUUUAAAUGGUAAAGAGUGCCUUGUUUCUUUAAGGGACCAUAAGGCAAGGAUUACAUGUAUGAGAUCGUUUCCAAUCGACGAUGCAUCUUUUAUCCGAAGUGAAGCACAAAAUGAUGAAAAUGUACUAAUAACCUCAAGUUCUGAUCACUCCAUCCGUCUCUGGUGGAAGGGUUCUUGCUUUCGAUGUUUCAGAGGUCAUAACGGUCCUGUUUCUGCACUCUCAGAUAAAUUGUUGGGUGAUAAGGGUAGCAAAGUCCUUGCUAGUGGAGGGGAAGAUGGCACGGUUCGUCUGUGGUCUCUCAGUUCAAGUGGCAAACGUGGCCAGCAUGCCUUGAAUGCGACUCUGCAUGGGCAUGUGAAACCAAUUAAAUUGAUGACAGUUGCCGGGCACAAGACUUCGCUUUUGAUCAGUGUUGCAACAGAUUCUAAGGUAGCUCUUAAAGUAGCUUACUUUGUGGACUUGCAACAACUCUUGGCAGUAGUUAUGACCUUGCUUGGACUUCGGCUUCUAAUCCGUGGAAGAACACUUAAAAUUGUCUUAACUAUUUCAAAUUGUCUUCAAGGUGAUUACAAAAGCCUAUUCCUUUCAUGAGGUAUGUGUUGCAUGCUGACAGCAUGGUUCAAGACGACCUUACAAAAGCUAUUUUUUCAAUGAUUGCUGUAUGGAACCGUCUGCUGUAUGGAUCAAGACAAGCGGAUCUGAUGUCUUCUUAUCUUUUGCUGUAAAUGGAGUAUCUGACUAGGUGAACGGAGAUCAGAAGAUGAGCCUGAGUUCAACCUUUUCUACUUCUUCCAUUUCAAAUUACUCGCUACACUUCUUUUUUUACGGUUCCCUAGGUAAUUUUUGUUAGUGUGAUAUUAGUUAUAAAGUGUAAUUUAGAACCUAAAGCAAGUAAGCAACCACCACUUACGACUGCGUAAACCACCAACACUUCUGCCACCACCACCGCUCCAGAACCUACAACCACUGCAACCACGCUCUAAUAUCGCCUGAAAACGCAGCCAACCAUAUUAUAAAGUAAGCCAUGAUUAUCUAUAUUUAUUAUCCAAUAUACUAAUACUAACCAAAAUACUUGCAAGUGUUAUGUUUGGUCAGCAACUUGUCUCAAUUUGUGAAUAUAACGAUUACGACAACUUAAAAUUUGUUACAUGCGUACUUCAAGGUUCAUCUUUCGUUGAACUGGUGAGAUCGAAUCUUAAGUUCAUUUAUUAUGAAUUCAAAUGAAAAUAAUUUGAAGGUUCUUUUAUAGGUUUAUCUUUUUAAUACUAAAGGUUUGUUGGUUCUUUUCUUUCUUUUUCUUUUUUGGAAUUUUCAAUGAUCUCGAACUGAAGUUCCUUGUACGCAAUUUAAGACAUGUGCUUAUGUAAGAGUAUACUUGAUCAAACCUCUAUUUAUGAAAAUGCAUAUUAUGUUUAUUUUGAUAUUUUUUAUGAAUAAUUGUUGCCCGUUUUCAUGAUGUGUAUAUUUUAGGGUUUAUGUUUUUCCAUGUCCAUAUCAUGUACUGUAUAUUCUAAAAGAUGAUAGCUAAAUUUAGUUUUGACCAGUACAGUCAACUAAUGGCGAUUAUGAUGCAGCGAGUAGCUUCUGAGUUGCUAAACUUGGUUUAAAGGACAAGGUUGUAGCUGUACAGUUUUUCUUCCCGUAUUUAGUAGUGAAAGCAAUGCAUUGGCUUGAAAACUAGACCAAGACUGUGUACUGGUGAUGACCACCAUUUUCUGCCCUAUUGAUGAGACUGCAAGCAAGUAAAAUUUUUGUUACGUUGAUUGUUGGUUGAGCAAAACCUGCUUCAUCGUGGUAACUAAACAAGGCCCAUAAAAAAUAAGGAAUGAGGGUGUCUAAGUUUGUGGAAGGACAUAUGUGACCAAAUUUAAUACAUAAUUGGGUCACCUAUGACCAAUUACACAUUGUUGCUGAGAUGUUAAUUAUUUUUGCUCUUUGCUUUAUGAUGUUGAAUGUCCCCUUUGUAUUUCCUUUAUAAGGAUGAUUAAGAUUUAUUCUGCUUAAUGUCUGUCAUGUAUGAAACAGAUCAGAGUGUGGGACUCAACCUUGGCUUCUGCAUCUCGCCUCUCGGACAUCAAGUUGUGUGGGAACAGCCUCUGUGUUGGGUUCUCCUGUUGGAAUUAAAUGCUUUGAAUCAAUGCUUUAUGUAGCUGCAGGUUUCUGUGUUCAGGCAAUAGAUUUGAGAACAAUGAAGAAGGCAUUUACUGCUGUUGUUUGUCAACGAGAUCUUUACUCAUUUGAGGUGUUGCCUUCCAGAUCAUUGAUCUGUACUGGCGCAAAUAGGAGAGCUUUGCUAUGGGAUAUCCGCAAAAGCCAGGAAGGAUUGAAAUCAGCGCCAAUAGCUGAGAUGGAAGGUCACAACGGUCCUGUUACACGAUUACAUAUGGAUCCAUACAAGAUAGUUACUGGUGGUCCUGAUGACUUUUUUACUAACGUCUGGGAGGUGGAGUCCGGUGUUCUCAUAAAUUCCUUGACUUGCUGUCCUCCAGAGCUAUCUAGUACCAGGUCGAGGUGUAAUGCACUGGCUGUUGAUGGGUGUCGAAUCGUGACUGCCUGCUCUAGCGAGAAUGGACUUCUACGAUUCAGAGACUUCACCAAUGCUUCUUGUUCUGUCACUUCAUACGAGGAUGCUGUUUCUUCCAAAUUCUGGAACUCAAACUCCUACGGUGAUUCAGAUUCUGGUGAUUCAGAUUCUGAUAUGUAAAGUUUUCUCCUUGUACAACAUAGGGUUUGUAAUGUAUGUAGUUAAUUCGAUUUACUCCUGUGUUGUCAUUCUUGUGUCUCAGGCUAAAUGUAGUAGGAUAUAUUCUUACUUCUAUAUUGAUAUCUUUACUUGUUAAAUGAGGACUGUUUGUUCAGAAGGCAGUGUGUGUGCUCGUCUUGAUUCGGUUGAAAGUGGAAGAUACUAAAGGGGUGUUUGGAUCAGAAUCGAUGUAACAGAAUAUUGUUAUUAUGUUAUUCUGUUAUAAGUAGUUAGUUUUGGCGGGAAA